AUGGGCAAAACUACAGACGACCGACCAGCAUACCUGACCUCUGAUGCAGCCAAAUAUUCGCUCGGUGUGAACCGGGGUCCUCUGCUGGCCAAAGGUCUCGAUGAGAGCGCCGCACUCGAGCAGGUCGAGUCGGCCGGUGGCCUCUCCCUAGAAACGCGGGAACGCACGAGAAGGAACAAGUUGGCGCGUCACUGGAAGCGGUUCUGGUGCAUUUAUCUACUUGCCAACAUUAUUUUCCUGGCAAUUUUCUUACCUGUCUUCUUUCUAGUUGCGAUCCCAGCAAUCUCUCAGUUGGUUGUCGACAAGAGUGACUUGGUCCUGGUCAAAGCAGCGGUUAUGCAGCCACUACCAAAUUCAAUUCAAUUGACUCUUCAGUCGGCCUUAGACCUGAAGAUUGCUCUGCCGGUGCGCAUCGAGCCAGUCAAGUUGGAUCUGUUUCUGCGCGGCCGUGGUGCCUCCAACGCAUGGGGCGAGGCCACUAUACCGGGCAUGACCAUCAAGGGCAAUACUACUCUCGGUGUGACCAACACCCAUACUCCGCUUCAGAACCUAACCACAUGGGUGAACUAUGUGCAUAGUGUGGUCUUCCAGAAGGAAUCCACAUUGUCGGUUAAGGGUACCACCAAUUCGUACCUGGGCGUUCUUAAAUCCAAGGUCACCUUGAACAAAGAUGUCAGAUCCCCAGUUCUCAACCAGUUCAAUGGCUUCAGUAUCUCUGACAGCGGCCUCGUCGCCCGACGACCUGACGGCACCAACCUAAUCGGCAACGCGACUCUCCCCAAUCCUUCCGUGCUGACGCUCGAGGUUGGCACCAUCGUUCUCGAUGUGAAAAGCGGCGACCUUGUGAUAGGAAAUGCCACACUCAAGGACGUCACCUUAGUACCUGGCAACAACACAUUCCCUCUGACGGGAAUCCUGGAUCUGGGGAAAAUUGUCUCAAACUUGGGCAAAGUGCUUUCCUCGCAGGCCAAUUUGCUCAAGACGGGUAACCUGACCCUCGACACGGUGGCGACAUCUGUAACAUGGAACGGCACGCGGGUGCCCUACUACACCGAAGUGCUGAAUCAAUUGACCCUGACAGCCAACGUGCCCGUCGCCAGUCUGCUGAAAAACUCAAUUCACAAUCUCAUUCGAAGUAGCGAGAAUAUCUCCUCUCUCCUUCCGUCUCCUUCACAUAUAGGCGGCAUCAACAGCACUGGUGGCGACAGCACUCGCGGUCCUGGGAGCGAAGUUUCAGAGCUAUCCUCGAAGAUGAAGGCCCAUAUAGCGAUGCGUGACCUCUUCCGCGAUGCAGACCCUGUCAAGCGAGAUACGAUCAUUGACUCGAUGGCCCGGAUGCACCAGAAGUUAUAG